CGCGAUCCCCGCCGAGGAUCCGUCCGGAACCGCCAUACGAAAAACGAGCCAUACCAUACCAUACCAUACCAUACCGUACCGUACGGUACCAUCUCGGAUUCGAAGGAACCACAAAGCGACAAGCAACCCCGCAAUUCGGACACAGCCCCGAGGAAACCCACACAAACCGCGCAGAGACCACGAAAUGGCCCGGCCCGGCCUUUUCGCCGUUCACCGGCUGGUGUGGAUCGCCCUCGCCGCCUGGGYGGGAACCACGAUGGCUGCCCCCGGAGCGACGGCGGGGGGCUCCCAGAGGCCCCCCCUCGGCCUGCCAGAGCCGGGCCACCGCGAAGGGCCUCCCCCUUGUGUUUYGUCGCGCGGGGUCCCCKGGAUCGCCCGGGGCGGCGGCCCGGAAGAUCCCGGGACCGGCGGCAAAAGCGGCAACGUCCUUCCGGCCCCCUCGGUGGUGGCGAUCGGGGUCCUCGAUCUCCCCCCGGAAGGAAAACCCGGCACGCGGGGCGUUCGUUCCUCCGUGGUGCUGGUGGUAUCCGGAAGGGGGGCUGCCGAAAUCGCGAACGAGAACGAGAUCGAGAACGAACCGGCCGCACGGGUCGACGGGGAGCUGCUGGAGCGGUGCCUCCCACMGGUGGGAUCGCUCCCCGAACCAAACCCGAAUGGGGAUCCCGAUCCCUCCACCGCCGGGACCGACGCCGUUGUCGAGAGCCUCGCCCUGCUCUGCGACGCCCUCGUCGUGCGGGGGACGGGCGGAGGCGAUGGCGAUGGCGAUGGUUCGAGGCUGCCGGAGGGCUGGGAGGACCUGCUGCGGCGSGGGGACGAGAGGCGCCGGUCCGCCGGGAUGGAGGGAUGCCGGCUCUGGACCGUGGCCGCGGGGGGCGGGCCCGCRUCCCCCCGCCCGAUUUUCGCGAGGCCCGGGGGGGACGRCCCAAGCCCYCCCGCCGCUUCCACCUGGUCGGCGCUCUUUUCCGGGGCCGGCGGCGACGCCGGGGAGCUCGCGGCCCUGUUCGAGGGAACGGCGGAAGGCGUCCUCCGGUCGCACCCGGCCCGAAACGCCGGGGCCCCCGUCCGUCUUCCGUUGGUGUCGGUCGUGCACCGCGAGCCGGCAACGGGAGCGCGAGAGGCCGCGAUGGAAGGGGACCSGGAUCGAUCGCCGCGGGCGGAACCCCCGGCAGACGACGGCCCGGUCGUUGGGGACGUUUUGGCGGAGUCCCGCCGGCGGUUGGAGGCGCUGGAAACAAGGAUGGAGGAGUCGGUCCUCGGGCAAUCGCCCAACCCCAUGCCCCUGCUGGAGUUCGGGAGCCUGGUGCAGGGCGUCCUGGAAACCGCCGAGCGCCGGCUGGCAGAGGAAACGAGCCUUCCGGAGGGCUUGCGCCGCGGCCUGGUGAACAAAAUCGCCGGCGAGGUCCAGAGGCUCUACAAAGACCAGCUGCAGGCCCUCCGGAACUACUACGGACGGCGAUACGAGGCCGUGCUCGACGGGGACGCCGGCGACGGGGAGGCCACCGAUCGCCGGUGGGCCGCGGCUGCCAGGCACGCGACGGAAGCCUUUUCGGCCGCCGCAGCGAACGCGGUCCCCGCCGUGUACCGGGAGGGCCCCUCCCCGGUGUCCUUCGACCACACCGGAGCGCUGGAGGGCCUGGUGCGGGACAUGAUCGAMUCCACCGAGCGCCGCAGGGACGAACGGGACGUUGCCACCCUGCUGGUGGCCGACGAUGACGACGAAGCCGGAGACGCCGCAGCACCCGGCCGGAGGCUCCGCUUGCCGGAGGUGCCGAAGUGGGUGGAGCGGCUGGCGGCGAGGGCGUUCGUGUUUGGGGUGAACUACGUCCAGGGAUGGCUGGCGUGGCAGGGCAUCAGGCGAGCGGCGAUCGAGCGAGAUCGGAACCAGCCAAAGUUUCCCCUGUUUUAGGCGACCUCCGGCGAGGCUUUUGGUGCGCACCGCAGAAGAUCACCCACCACGAUCGMACACCGCAUCGAAACCCUCAUCGAAAGGGUCCACGAACGCGGGCUUUUGACCCGUAU